UAUAACAAUUUUUGGAUAAACUUUCGGUAAUGUCAAUUAAAUUUUAAAUUUAUUCCUUUUGUUAAUAAGCGUAAGCUCAUCUCUACAAUGCUAAGGAAUGCGGUCACGGGUAUUACCGUUCGGUCAAUAACGCGAUGUCAGCCGAAAUAUAUACCCAAGAUCCAUUUCCAUUGCACUAAGAGGCUGCGAGAAAAAUAUAAUCCCCGUCGCCCGCUGGACUGCCCGGAUUCAAUCACUGAAGAUUGCAAAAAUGUUUUCUCACAGUCAUGUCGCCCAACGGAUCCUCCAGUGCGGCCCUGCAGCGAGCAGGAUUGUCCAGAAAGACGAGAUCAGUCCUGUUGCGCGAAGAAGAGAAUUACGGAUAACAUUUGUGAAAAGCCUGCCAAGGCGGCAGAAUUUAAAAGGAAACCGGACAAGUUUAUAUCGAUGUGGAAAACGAUUGUAAGUAAGGAGCGGGCAGGGAACCUGGUAUGGGAUUAUCCACCCGAGUGUUGCCCCAUGUGCCCGGAAAUCCCCUUCGACGUGCUGUACUAUCGACCAUCGAACAAGUGUCGUCAGUUUCAGCGUACGUGGUGGGAAUGCUGUCCUCGCAUGGUGCCCAAGCGCGUCUGCUGCUGGUGCGAUUCCAUUCCGCCCGAGACAUCACGGCGUUGCUUGCCUCUCUGUCCGCGUACCAGUUGCAAGCCAAGCCAUGACAAAAAACGUCUGGACUGUGUCAACCAGAAGGCCAAGGGCUGCCCUCGGCAAACCAUGCCGUGCUGUCGCGCGUCCCGUAUACCGCCUAACUGCCAUUUAACUCGUGUACCGACCGACUGUGUGAAGACAAAAUGUCCCUUCCCUAGUUACUCUGAGUGCGAUCGCAUGGACCCUGCUGUAGUAGCCGAACGUCCUCGGGAGUGCCGUUGCUUAAGCUUGAUAUCAAUCUGUGAAGCCUACCGCUUUCAGAACAGAAAGGAAAGGAUAUCCCAAAAAGACUGCUCUUGCCCCACUUGCGAAUAAAUUAAGUCCAUUUAAACUGUACUGUAUUUUUUCCCCUCCGAUGCUAAAUAUGCAAUAUAGUUUAGAAGGAUUUUCUCUAUAGUAAAGGAAUGGGGCGAAAUGCUCAAGUGUGCAAUUCAGAAAAAAUAAUAACAAUAUAAAUGUACUAAUACAAACAUUAUCUUUA